AUGCGAUGGAUUACAAUUUCUUCCAAACGAACUACAUUUAUGUAUUUCACAUUAUUAUUUCUAUUAUACUUAUUAUAUGUGUUGAAUACAUCCUUAGUUGAUAAACAUGUGAGACCAGUAAAUAUUGCUGGACCCAUAUCUCAUUACAAAAGUGCAUUUUUCCAAUUGGCUGCUUUAUUGGGCUUGAAUUUGGAACAAGGCUACGAGUACCGGAGAUUUGAAAAAAAUGUUACGCCAAUUAAAAAAUUGCCGGAUGCCCUUAUUAUAGGAGUAAAGAAAUGUGGCACAAGAGCUCUACUAGAAUUUUUGCGGCUUCAUCCAGACGUGAGAGCUGCCGGUUCAGAAGUUCAUUUUUUCGAUAAAUAUUAUCAUAUGGGGUUCGAGUGGUACAGAGAAAAAAUGCCACCGACUUUAGAAGGGCAGAUCACGAUGGAAAAAACUCCAUCCUAUUGGGUGACAAAGUCAGCGCCGAAACGCGUGUAUGCAAUGAAUCCUGCGGUAAAGCUUAUUGCUGUGGUCAGGGAUCCUGUUACAAGAGCGAUUAGUGACUAUACACAAUCUGCCAGCAAACGACCAGGUCUACCACCAUUCGAAGAGUUUGCCUUACUAAAUAGUUCUAUUCAAUGGGGUGGAACAUAUUCCGUUGAUGCAUCAUGGCCGCCAGUGAGAUUGGGCAUAUACGCGCGGCCUUAUCGUCGGUGGCUCAGGCGCUUCCCCAAGUCUAGGCUUCUACUUGUUAAUGGGGAGAGACUUGUCGCUGAUCCGGCUGCAGAAAUGGUGAGGGUCCAGGAUUUUCUCGGGCUCAAACGUAUAAUAACAGACAAACACUUUUAUUUUAACUCGACGAAGGGCUUUCCUUGUCUUCUAAAAUCUGAAACGAAGCCGAUUCCACACUGUUUGGGCAAAACUAAGGGAAGAAAUCAUCCACGAAUCAACCAGUCGGUCAUUGACCGACUCAAAGAGUUCUACAAACCACACAAUCAAAAGUUUUAUCAACUUUCUGGUGUAAAUUUUAGUUGGCCAUAA